CAAUUUCGUCGAGCUUUUAUUAAAAAUUUCUGACGAUCGAUAUUAAUUCGAUCGUGAUUUUUAAUUUUUGUGAAAUUACGAUGGAAUUGGGCCGACGUCUGGUCCGAAUAACCCCCACGAUCGAGCGCGACGCUUUUCAUUUUUAUUAGUUUGUAGUAGACCCGAUCCUCUUAGUUUUCUGUUUAUUGAAAGAAUAAUUGUAACCAGAGGCUGUCAAGGGAUGAAUUGUUAAAAAUCUUUCUACUGUGCAGUGUUCACGAAAUUAUGAGUAUACCUCGAUCUCCAUAACUUCUGGAACAAGCCACAGAUGGAAGUCUGCCGAGUGAGAAUUGGGCGCUUAAUAUGGAAAUUUGCGACAUCAUCAACGAAACAGAAGAUGGACCUCGAGACGCUGUUAAAGCUAUUAGACGGAGGCUGAAUCAGGCAGCCGGCAAAAACUAUACCAUCGUUAUGUAUACACUUACCGUCCUAGAAACGUGUGUUAAAAAUUGCGGCAAAUGUUUCCAUGCACUGACUUGUUCAAGAGAGUUUGUUCAGGAGCUGGUUAAAUUAAUUGGUCCAAAGAAUGAGCCUCCUACAGCCGUUCAAGAGAAAGUUUUAAGUCUCAUCCAAGCUUGGGCCGAAACUUUUCGACAUCAACCUCAUACUCAAGGAGUUGUGCAAGUCUAUCAAGAGCUUAAACAAAAGGGAAUAGAGUUCCCUAUGACCGACCUCGACGCCAUGGCCCCAAUAAUUACACCGCAACGGAGCGUAUCGGGAAGCGAACCAACUGCAGCAUCGGCAGUUCCUCCGGUAAGCGAACAACCACCUCCGUUGUUGGCGACACAAGGACUCAGUGCGCCGGCUCAGCUCACCGAACCUCAACUAGCCAAACUACAGAGCGAGUUGGAUGUUGUUCAAGGCAAUAUGCGUGUCCUUGCCGAGAUGCUGACUCAUCUAACUAAUCCUAAUCAAACGGCCAAUCAGCAACCAGAUCCAGCUGACUUGGAACUACUUACGGAGCUACAUUCCACGUGUAAAGCGAUGCAAGAGCGAGUUGUCGAAUUAAUCGGUAAGCUCUCGCAUGAUGAAAUGACAGCUGAAUUGCUUCGAGUUAACGAUGAACUUAACAACUUGUUUCUGCGCUAUACACGAUACACAAAAAAUAAGGCAACACCUGCCAGUACCAUACUGGCACAGACUAUCGGCCAACCACCAAAUAUUGCUCGUGUUAAUGCCGAUCCUCUGCUAAACAAACGCGAAGCUGAAUCACUAAUCGACUUAUCAGAUGGAACGGAUGCCCUGGAAAGAGAAUUGGCGAGCAUCAGUAUGUUGGGUGACGGGAUCAAAGAGAGUGAAGUACGGAAAGAAAAACCAAAGGAAAGAGAAGGUGAUCACGACGAAUUCGAUAUGUUUGCACAGUCUCGCAAUGCUACUUAUGAAACGACCAAAAACAGUGGGAGCAGAUACGAGGAUAAUGCGGAACAGCAGGUGAGCGGAGGAAGUUUGAGCUCGGCAAUCCUUAACCGAAAUAACCCUAACCAUCCUACACAGACCACGACCACCGUCGCUCCUACAACAGCUCUAAACCAAGAGUCUGAAUUCAACGAAAUGGCUGCUUGGCUGGAUCGGACGCCGGGCGCCCAGGGCGACCAGGAAUCGUUGACGUCCUUCGAAUUUGAGAGAUUUUUAGCCGAGCGUGCAGCAGCAGCCGAGGCCCUGCCCACCCUUCCUUCUACCACGACGACGACAACGACCAACACCACGUCGCAGCGUCAGAUAAAUAAAGAUCAAGACAAGUCCCUGUUUGCUCUCUAGGCAAGCUAGAGGGAUCUUCGUUCAGCCCAGCGAGAGAGACUGCUUCAUGCUUCUACGUACUUACGUCAAUAAAUAACGGUUUGAUUCCCUAACUACGAUUACGUUAAAACAAGUAUAUCUUUUUUUUCAAUUAUUAAAUUAUUAUUAAUAAUCAAACGUAAGACUACGAAAGAAAAAAAAAACGGAAAAAAUUUGAAAAAAAAAGGAAAAAAAACAAUACACCACACACUUGAUUGGCAAGCACCGCAUAGGAUACACUCAAGUUGGAAAAAGAGAAAACUAAUUUAUAGAAAUAUUAUAUAUAUAGGUAUAUAUUUAUGGUUAUUAUUAAUAUUAUUAUUUUGAACUAUGAAUUUUUGGCAUAUGUAUAAAUACGUAUAUAUCUAUAUAUACAGAUAUAGAUAGAUAUAUAUAUAUUGACAGAAGUCAUUGGAAAAAUGAUCUAUUGAACAUAAGAAUCUUAUUGAAGAGAACUAGGUAUAGUGUGUAAAUGGUUGACGGCUUCUGGUUUCAAUUUAUCGAUAAUGUUAGAAUACAAUUUUUUACUUGCAUAAAAAAUUUCACCCAAGAUCCCCUACUUCCGGUACCAUUUCAAACGCGAAGCAAGAGCGUGAAGAAAACAAUUAUUUUUUUCUCUUCUUUUCAUUAUAUUAUUAGAAAUCAUGUUAUGUGAAAUUUUAUCGCUUAUCAAGGGAUAGUAUUAAUUUAGAUUUAUGAGAGAAAAAGUUAAAGAGAAUAGAAGAAGAUUGUCUCAAAUGGUGGAAAAUUUUUUUCUCUGGUUACAUCGUUUGCUUUGAGAUAUUCAUAAUCAAUCAACUGGUUUUUGGCACUUUUCUUGAGUAUUUCUUUUUCAUUGACGAUGAUUAUUAUUAUUUUUGUCCUUUCGGUUGUGUCAAAAUUGUUUUUUUUUUUCUAGAAUUUCGGAUCCAACGAGAAAUUUAAGUUUUAUUCAGUAACUCAAAAUUAGGUUGAUGAGUUUGUUGUCCUAAUACACCCAUACUCGCAAGCCUGUCAACUUCAUCUGAGAAAUUAGAUCUGUUGUGAUUAAGUUAAAAAGAAAAAGACAUUAUCGUGGGAUUAUCACUUUAUUUUACGUUCUCAGUGACCGACUCCUGUUGGUAAUACCUUGAUUGCGUGAUGUUGCGAUUGUUCGUACAAAAUAGAAAAUAAUUGUACAUGAAUGAGUUUAAUUUGAAUGCAUCUGCGUGAAUAUUAUGUUUUAUUGUUGAAAGAGACGUCCGAAUAGAUUCGGAUGGGGUAUUAUUACUUGUAAUCAAAAUUGGGAAUGGAUGAAUUCAAGUUCUUUUUUUGUUAAAAAAUGACUCGACGGAACAGGUUUUAAAAGAUAAAGUGCUAAAUUCUCAUUAAAUAUAAUUCGAUGAUUUAUCUGUAUUAAUUAUUAUCCGAUUGCUAUUAACUAAAUGUAUCUGAGCGAUUUGUAAUAAUAAAAUAUUCACUGAUUA